AUGGCCUCAACCUGUAUUUCAACCUGCAUAGAUGAUAUUAAGGUCCCAAUCAGGCCAACCAAUGCCUACAAGUGGCCGGAAUCAGAUGCUGAGUUUGUAAGGUCACUGAGCUCUAACGGUGGCAGCCGUGGCGGCCAUGCACAUCCUACGGUCGUUGAUAGCAUUUCAUGCAGGCAAAUGUACCUCAGGAGCUACAAGUUUCAUAGGAGUGAUGAUCAUCAAACUGAGCCUGAACAAAUAAAAUGUUUUGGCAUGGUUAAGAUGGAAAAAGUGAAGAGUCCUAGUAGCCAAAAGAAACCCCAAAAUGUUGCCAAGAAGAAGUGUGUGGCACUCAAGAGGGCCAAAGUGGUCUCUUGUGCUGCCUUGUUGGCUCUGUUUCGCCGGCUUUUGUUCUGUACCACCAAGGUUGAUGUGGCUGAUCAUGGAGGUUGA